AUGUCUCAGUCCAGUUCCAACGUCUUCGUCAAAGCCAAGCGUCCCCCCCUGAGCUUCAGAGAUUACCGGCGCAUCUGCAUGGUGAAAUGGACCCACGAGCUUGCCUCGAAAUUCGCUUGGGUCACACUCUGCGCCAAAGAUUAUGAAAAUGAACGUCUACCGUCAGAAUUAGAAGGCUGUGAGCUUGGCCAUCUAGUGAUGCAGGGCGAGUGGUUUAGGCAAAUCACUGACGACGGCAAGAAGAGCUUCCAGGAUGGCGACUUGUUCAAUGUGGCAUGGUCACUGCGUACAGACCAAAUCAUCUGGGCCGCACCUAGGGAUCCGGGCCCAAGUUCCGGGCAAAAUAACCAGGGGUUCUGGUGUGAAGAGUUUUACAAUACCUACAAGAUCGUUUCACUGACAGUCGAUCGCAAAGCGUACCUCAUCCAGGUCUCAUAA